AUGCCACGUACAAGAAUACCAUCCCCUGCUCGCUCACAAGGUGUUAUAAGUACACCAAGAAAACAUAAGUUUCGAGGUUCUUCCAGUGUUGGAUCUCCAGCUAGGUCCAACGCCUCAGUAAAACUUUCAUCUAUAGUUCAGGAACAUAAAAUGAACUCAUUUGUAUUAUCUCCUCUCAGAAGAAGGAGAUCUGUGUUAUCAGACAAUACAGAUAUUGAAGUACCAGGACGUAAUAGUUGGUGGAAGACGCUUGAGGAGAACUCAAGGGAUGUGAUGGAGAUUUUAGAUAAUAAACAAACAGACCAAGGUGUAAACUUAGAGGAAUAUAUUGAUGCCGACAUUUUGAGUCAGGAAAAAAAAAAUUACACAGUCGAUUUGCCAGAAAGUAGUGAUGCAGAAUCAAUAAGCAGCAUUGUUAUACCCCAAAGGAAACUUUUUACACAAAAAGAUAGUCAAACGGUGAAAGUAUUUGGUCAAAUAAUGGACAAUAGAGAAAGCCUGGCACAACUCCAUCAGAGCAAAAUUAACUAUGAUAAAACUAUUAAUGUUGGUAAAAAAGAUUUAUUUAACAGGGGUGCAAAAGAACGCAGCAAACCUGUAUUUCCUGUCGGGCUGUUCAAUGUUUCUCUCAACAAAACGUUACCUAAUAAAAGUAAAGAAAUUGCAAAUCAUGGCCAGGCAAGAAAUCUAUUUGGAAACCGAGCAGGCGCUAAACGCAAAAAUAUAUUUGCUGAAUUUGUUGGACCAGAAAGCGAAGAUGACAUUCCUGAUAUUCAACCAAAAGUUUUUGGAUUUUCUAAAAACAAUGAAAAUCAGCAACAAAAAAAUUUAACCCCACAUGAACCUCGAGAAACUUCACCUACUUCUGAUAUAACUGAUAUAGAAAUUGAUGAAUGGAAACUUUUACCAUCAUCUACGAUGGUUGAUAACCAAUUUGGUAAUAUUGAAGGAAGCACUCCUGUGAAAAGAAGGAAGUUAAACAAGCUAAGUAAAGCUACAGAACCUAUAAAAGAAUGUAGUAGCAAUGCAUUCAACAGAACAAAACAAUCAACAGGGUCCAAAAUUUCGAAAUUCAGAAAUGGCGAAGAAUUUAUUGAAUUAUCACAUCCUGAACUCCAUAAUAACAAUUCCAAACAAAAACACAAAGAAAAAAAUAAUUCUAACAUUAAUUUGACAAAAAAUAAUGAUCCUAAGAAUCGAGAUAAUAUUAAGGAAGCUGCUAGCAGUAGUAAAAGUUUUACAAAACAAAGUGACAUGGAUAAAAUACAGUAUAACCUAAGGAUGAACAAAAAUAAGUCAAAUAUUACAGAAAUUGAAGACUUGACACAAGACAAAGUUUCAGAAGAAAUACAAAAUGAUGAAGACGAUGACAAUGACUUCAUUUUGCAAUACGAAAAUGAUGACCUUAACCUACACGAAGCUGACCAAGAAAAUGUAAAUAAUAAGAGUCUAAUACAUCAACAACAAAGCAAUACCAGCAAUUUAAAUAAACACAAUGAGAAAAAUACAAUCUUAGAUAAAAAUAAAUCUCAUGUAAAAGCUUCAGAUAGUUCGCUAAAACUAUCUAGUUCAUUCCAAUUGAAGAAUGCUAACGCUAAGUUAAAAGAACAAAUCAGUGGUAGUAAAAGCGUUUCAAAAAAUAUUUCACUAACUAAAAAUGUUAGUAAUUAUUCUGUCACCCGAGAAAUAAAUGAUAAUCUACAAAUUGAAGAAAAACUUGAAUGUAAUAAUAAACAAAAUACAAACAAUUGUAAUAGAAGAAAUGAAAAUCAAAUUGUUACUUUACCACUAACAGAUGAAAAAAUAAAAAAAGGACUAGCCAAACAUGAACUGCAUAAUAAUGAAAAAAAAAUUACAUCCUCCGAGGAGAUACUAGUAGAAAAAGAUGAAAUAGAUUUAGCCAAAAACGUAGUUGUACAAAAACACAAUAGGAGUAAUGAUAAUAAUAAUACCAAGAUUUUUUUUAAAAUAAGUAAUACAUAUGAACUGGAUGUAGAUCAAAAACAAGAGAAUGUAUAUAACAAAGUUGAAGCUAGCCCUAGAAUUUCACAAAAAGAAAAUGAAGAUAAUGUAAACGAUAAUAAUUAUGAAUAUGUUAAAAAUAUUGUGGGUUAUCAAACAGAAAAUCAAGUAAUUGGUGAUGAAGUUAAUAAAGAAAAUAACGACGAAGAUAAAAGGAUUCAGGAAGGAAGUGACGAAGAGAUAAUGGAAGAAAAUGAUGAAGAGGUACAGCAACAAAAUGACGAAAUGAUUCAAGACGAAUAUAAUGAAGAGAAUGAGGAAGAAAAUUACGAAGAGAUUCAGGUAGAGAAUGACGAAGAGAUUCAGAAAGAAAAUGAUGUAGAUGUUCAGCAAGUAUAUGACGAAAAUAAUGAAGAAAUUCAGGAAGACCUUCAGCCUACCUACGAAGAUAUUCAGAUAGAAAAUAACGAAACGGUUCAGAAGACAGUAAAUGAGCAUGAAGAUGAUAGAAAUCGAGUAGAUACCGAGGCAGAAUAUUUAAGUCAAGAAGUAAUAGAAAAUUGUAUUCAUGCGGACGCAGAAGAUCAGAAUGAAAAAGAAAAUCAAAACUAUGAUAUUAAUGAGGAACAGAACGAAGGGCAGAAUAAAACCGUUAAUCAUGAAACAUUAACAAGUGAUAAAUAUAAUCAUGGUGUAACUAAGCAGUCAGAGCUGGACUUGGAAACAAAAAAUGAAUUAAUUAGAGGUAAAAAUAAUUUAGUUAUAGAUGCAGACAAUCAUAUUGUAAAUUCUAAUAAUACAAAAGACAAUAAUAAAAGCCGACGUGUAACGCUUAAUACAACACACGAUAAAACUGGCGGAAACAGACAAAGAAUCGAAUUAGUCGUUGAAUCUCCGGAAGACAUUUUGCAUUAUGUACCAACUGAAGGGGUAUCAUUUUCGUCAAAAGGACGCAACUCCAGCAUUAGAAAAACUAAAAGCAUCCUUAAAACUCAAAUCAACAUCAAACCUAGUUUAGCACCACUAAGAGAAGGUACGGGAAUUUCCGAUGAGGAAUCCAAAAAUUCAAGUGUAGAAAGGUCGGGUUGGGACUCCCAUAGAACUACAAGAAAGACUCUUCGUCAAACAUUUGGUAAAGAUUUCACACCAAGGAAAUCUUUGCGUACACUCGUUAUGGAAAAUUGGGCGAAGGGACAAACCUAUGGGCACGAUAUGACUGUUAAAGUUCCUCAAGCUUGCUCUACUAAAUUACCUGAAAACAUGGAUGUGGACAUAUCUGAAGAUGACGAUAAUGAUGAAAUAAAUGGCAUUAAUGAAGAAAUCAAUGGACCAAAGCAAACAAAUAUUGCAGAGGAGACAGAAAACACAAAAAGAAAUAACCAAAAAAAUAGCUCUUACAUUUCUCCUUCAAUUAAUGUAGCAGAACAGGAGAAUUCAACUAAUGGAGAUAUACCACGACAGUCAUCCGGUAUACCCAAUGACACAACUGAAGAAUCAGAUCGUGAAAUGUCUAGAAUGAGGGGGCAAGCUACCUAUGGACACAAUAUGACUGUUAAAGUUCCUCAAGCUUGCUCUACUAAAUUACCUGAAAACCUGUAUGUGGACAUAUCUGAAGAUGACGAUAACUGUAAAAUAAAUGGCAAUAAUGAAGAAAUCAAUGAACUGGAACAAACAAAAGAUGCAGAUGACACAGAAAAUACAAAACGAAAUAGUCAAAGCAAUAUGAGCUCUUACAACUCUCCCUCAAUUGACAUAUCAGAACAGGAUUAUUCAACUAAUAGAGAUAUCCCACAACAGUCAUCCGCUAUGCCCAAUGACAUCACUGAAGAAUCGGAUCAUGAAAUGUCUAGAAUUAGGCGACAGGCUACUUUGGCACAGUUUUUCCAGAAGAUGAAAGAAAAAAAUAUGGAGGAGAGACGCCAAGUGGAAGAAGCCGUGAGAAAUUCCCUUAAAGCACCCAGAAGGGAAUCCAUUGAUUUCUUUGAUAUGCCAGCCAGCCCAAAUGCAGCUCUGCGUCGGAUCAAUAUCAAAACUGGACAAACAAAUUCAAAUGUUAAACAAAUUAAAUCGACUUUAAUACCUACUGAAAAUCUACCCGCAGAAGUAUUGGAAGACAUGAAUUACAAACCGCCUCGGAGAUAUAAACCCAGAAACGCCUCUUGGGUUACAAAGAGGCUAUAUAAGUUUCUGGAGGAUAAAUUGGAGCCCAAGUGA